CCCCCCCCCCUCCAGUGAAGAAACAUGAUUAAAAAGAUGAGCUUUCAUGUAAAGAAUGAAGAUGAUUAAAAACUGUCUUUCUUCAUUAAAGGGAACUCUUCAGCACCUCACCUUUCAGCCACUUUAGUCAGUCUGUGUGUAUUUACAGCAGCGGCCUCUAGUUGCUUCAUUCUGAAUUACUCUGAUGUUAUUGCUCUCGCUAGUUAAAUUUAUUCUUUUUUUCUUCAUCAUUUGAAUGAUUUGAAAGAAGCGCCAGCAUUGUUUUUGCCAAUGACUGUCUUAGUCCGGAUCAGUUUCCACCUACUGAGAAGACUAUGAGACAUAGUUGGCAACAGCUCAAUAAGUGAACCAUGACUUUAGAAUUUUUGCCACAGUUUGUUUCUCCAAGCAUCCAUGUUUUGUAAAAAAUGUACACAUGUAAGUAUUUGACUGUAAAAUAACCAAACUGAAAAUUGGAGCAUUCGUCUGCCCUUGGAAGAUAAAGGAAGUAAAUGAAUGCCAGUAGUUUUCAGUGGUGAACCGGGGGCAGCUGUCAAAUGAUAUGUGUAAGCUAUUUGUUUUAGAGUUGUUUGCACGUUGUGCAUAUCAAGUUAAUCUGGAAGCUCAAGUGGGAAUUUCCCCCUAACAUUGCAAGAGUAUUGCAUCAUCUUCUCUGAUAAUCAUGAAUAAAUCAAUAUUUAUUUUACUUUUUUGUAGAUGCAUGUAUGCAUGAUUCUGUACGUGAACAGCAGAUGAUGACAGGCCAGAAGAAUGUAUUUUAAAAACGUUAUUUUUAUUUUAUGUUGAUCACAGUAUUUAUUUGUUGGAUCACAGGCUAUUUUGAUUUGAUGUAAAGAGUAACAUUUCUAAUAACUGCCGGCCUGGCGCUUUUAUUUGUCGUUUGUAUCUAUUUGCUGAUGUGCAAAGCUUGCACUUACAAUGCUCUUCUCUGUUAUGUUGAUGGUUGUUAUUGAGAUGCUGCAAUAGUGCGCUAUUGUGUGGGGAAAUAGGCCCAAGAAAGGACAAUUCUGACAGACGUGAAACAAUAAAAGAGAAACACGUUUAUUGUCAUUUUGGAUUGGAGGCGGGCUUUGGCACAAGCUACUUUUCUGAGGGUGUAAAUGUAGAAACUUGUCCUCUUCACAUAUAUCUUCACAAAUUGUAAACACGGAAUAUGACUUGACUGCAGCUCAAAUGAUGUAGUUGGUUCUAUCUACAGUGUUCAGUUGACUGACAACUUGAUGGGAGAGCAGCCAUUAGUAUCGAUUUUCUGUGCUGCUAGUAUGCCCAGUACACUGAGGGGGGUGGUACUCUGUCUAGCAAAAACAUUUGCAUGUGGGAGAGACAAAACUGGUUAGGUUACUGGCUACAUGAUAUGGUACGGUCAAGAAGGGGCUUGUUGACUGGAGUCAUAAACAGGAGUGUGUGCACACUAUUGCAUGGCAAUAACUAACAGUUAUUAUUGGAUUAACAGUGCGUGUGCCCUCCCAUUUAUUGAUCCUUUUUGCUAUAUGACUAGUUGUGUUGAGGUCAUAAAAAUAUUUACAAGGUACUAAAUGGUAUUAAAUUUAACUUGAGGAAUCCUGCAUAAACCCUGAACAGAAGCAGAUAGCAGGUUACCUUUCAGGAAGAAACUAUUUACUUUCUCCAGGUGCCAACUUGGAUGUUCCAAGUUAUAUUUGAAGUGUAUCAAGAAUCAGUUUUUCUGGGAAGGCGGUACACAGAAAUACAAGAUAAAUAUUUUACAAUGUGUACAGUAACUAAUCUGUUUUUAGCCCCAUGUUCUACCUGUUUGACACGUGGUGGAUUCAUGUAAAACAAUAUUUCGCAAACAAGGCUGUGUUUAGUGGAUUAUAUGCAAAUUAAAAGGUAUAUCAGGACUGUGUCCCUUGUCCAAGACAUCCUAUACAACCUGCAUCUGCUACUGCAACCACAUCAUCACAGCAAGAGAUGGCAUCAGCUCUUCAUUUCAUCGUCCUCCUCUGUGGACUCUGGAUCGGAGCAAACGUGAUAAGUGCUCAUUACUCAGGUGGCUGCCCUUAUGGUUGGACUAAACAUGGCAGUCGCUGCUUCAGGUUCUUCAACACUCCGAAGCAGUGGGCUGAGGCAGAGCGUUUCUGCACUUAUCAUGGUGGCAAUCUGGCUUCCGUCCUUACUAGAGAAGAGGGCAAUUUGAUCAGCAGCAUGAUGACAACAACAGCUUGGGUUGGAGGCUAUGAUAAAGUGCAGGAUGGUGUGUGGCUCUGGAGUGAUGGUAGAAAGUUUGACUUCUAUCUGUGGAGGCAGUCCCCUAUAGAGCCUAACAACGCCCAUGGAGGAGAAGGAUGCAUGCAGUUUUUGAAAACAAGAAAUGCCAACGAUAAUAAAUGUCAUGCUCGCAUACAUUUUGUCUGUGCCAAGAACGCCUAACAAUGACACUCAUCUACCAUGAGGGUGUCACAUCCCCACUGAUGAUGUCACUUCCACCAGAAUGUUAAGCCUCGAUGACAUCACUGCUGGAAGAUAUAUUGACAAAUCAGAUUUCAUUUUACUUAAGUCAAAGCAUCUAAAAAAGUAAUAAAAAAAUA